AGUUCCCAUGAUGCACUUCGUUUUCAGUUGGAUGGUGACAGUCGAGCGUCUAAAGUCGAGCUGACUUCUGCUCUAUUUUUAGGUGUUUUGGAAGCGAUGGAGAGUGACUGCACGGAUUUUUGUGCCUCUAACGUGCAGCUCCCGUGUUUACGUUAGUUUAAGGAGGACACGCGCUUGUUUUUCGACCUGUUAGCCAGGCUGUUUGUUUCGUGUGCCAUGUUGGAGUAACUUAUUCCAGGAGGUGCCAUGCUCGCCACGCAGACUGAAGCUCACCACGAGACUAAGGAUGUUAAAAAGAUCAAAGAGAAGUUGGCGCAGUCGCUCAAGGCCCUGCAGAAACGAUAUGUAGCGUCAGACUCGGUAGUCACCAGUGAUGAUUCCGAUGCUAACCUCCUCUGCUGUGCCCUGGAGGCCAUCUUCAUCCACGGUAUCAAGAGCAAGUACAUCCGCUCAGAGUCUCGAAGCAGCAGUAGGAAAGGGGACCGUGGACCCCUCCCUCAGCCUUUUUUCUGGAGCCUCCUCAAGAGUGUCACCCACCGUGAUGUGAUCACAGAGCUGGAGAAGAUAAGCUUUGUGGGCACUGAUGUGGGUCGCUGCCGAGCGUGGCUACGGCUGGCCCUCAACCACGGCCUCCUGGAGUGCUACCUCGUAUCGCUGUUCCGUGAAGACUCCAAGCUGCAGGCCCAUUAUCAGCCCAGUGCCUUGCUCCUGAACCCGGAGGAGCGAGAGGUUCUGCUCAGCUACCUCCAGGGUCUGGCCUCCCUCACAUUCAGCCUGUCUUACAAGUCAUCUGUCCUCAAUGAGUGGACCACCACGCCUCUGGCUCUUGCCGGACUCUGCCCUUUGUCCCAGGCAGACUUACUCGACCUGCCCCUCAAUGGUGGAGACCCUCCCACCUCCAAACCGAUAUGGAAGGAAAUUUGGGAUACAGUGUCUCAGUCAUCGGGUUCUUCGGACGCACUGGAUGUACAGAGAGGCUGCCCAGUUUUAGUGGGGAGGGGAUCAGAUCUUUUACAAGGGAGUCAGACUGCUCUUCGUUCUUCUAAUUUAAGCCUGGAUACCACAGGCUCCUCUCAGCUGUCCUCCAGCUUGAGCUCUGACAGCCUUCUGCAGGGACAGGACCCCCGCAGCCCGACAGGAGAGCAUUGGUCUUCAUGUGACUUGGAAGCAGCCAUUAAUCCCAACAUCUGCACCAAGAGGCCACAGAAAGACUCGCUGACUGAUUUCCGGGAGAGCGGACACUGCAGUCAGGACUCGACACAGGAAGACUCAUUUGUCUCCAGCAUGGGUCCUUCUCAGUUCUCUGAGAAGGGUAUUAUCAGUGACAGUGAGCCCCAGGCUUCUGAGUACCAGCCUCCAAACUUUGGACAGCUUGAUUUAGAGCAACCAGAAACAACCACUGAGCUGCAGUCAUCUGAUGAUGAUAAGUGUCCCGCUGAAGUCUGCAAAAGUGCCUCUUCAGAAUUGCACUCGGACAUAUGUCUUGUCUCAGCAGUCAGUGAACCUGCAGAACCUGUGGAGGAAGUAAGUGUCACUGUUGAGCCUGUCCAGGAAGAGAAGCCAACAGAAAGCUCUGAAAAAACCAACGCAGACUCUGCAGUUCAUCAGUGCCCACGUCGCUCUACAAGCAUCUUGAGCAGAAAGCCAUCUUCAGAUUCACUAUCACAUUCUUAUUCUUGGAUCUCAGACGAUGACAUUUAUAAGCCCCAUCUGGAGAAUUUGCCGGACAGCGAUGACGCACCUGUCUCUCCUCCCGCACCUGAGCCCAGCAUCUCGCCGUCACGUCCAAGUGUCGUCCAUCGCAGACAAAUAGGGCUGUCAAACCCCUUUCGAGGAUUGCUGAAGCUCGGUCACCUAGAACGACGCAGCGCCGUAGGAUUAUGGCGCGACUACUACUGCGAGCUGUCACCCUUUGAGUUCCGCCUAUAUGGGAAUGCAGAUGAACGGACAUGCUGCGAAAACUGCUCCCUGGUGCGAUGUGAAGACGUUCACAUCACCUCAACUGACGGCCGCUUUGACUUGACCUUUCCUGGAAAACGGCUUUACCUCCGGGCGGCCAAUCGUGACGAAGCUGAGGACUGGGUGGACCGGAUUAUUGAGGCUGUCAACAAAAGCCGACCAGUACCGCAUGGCGAGCAGUGGGAGGUGCUGCACACCGGGUGUGAGAAUGGUGUGGAUGAACGUGCAGUUUCUUCGCCACCCUUGUCCCCUUCCAGCCCUGAGCAAGGCCCGUCUGGUUCUGAUGCUUGUGGAGGGCAGGAUUCUCCAUCUCCUCCUCAGCAGGAAUUUGACUGGACAUCGACUACAAAUUUAGAAACGGAUUCCAUCAAAGAAGCUGUUUUGUACUUCUCCACAGAUCCUGAGGCCCGGACGUGGGAACGUAUGGUUUUCUCUCUCUCCUUGGAGACCUUGAAAGGAUUUCUCGUAAAAGAAGGAAGGAAGCUACAGCGGCUAAACUACCCUGUUGAGGAAAUCCGGGAUGUGGUACCCGAUGUUUCUCAGGGGGGACCAGCCUUUUUCAAGCUCCUGACAAUUCGAGAAACACUUAGAUUUAGAGCGGAGAAUGACAAGGAGGCUCGCUUUUGGAGGAAGUUUAUCCGAGAGGCUCUUGACUCAUACCUGGAGAAUGGGGAGUGUGAAGGCUCUGAGGUACCUUUGGAAGCGACUGGAAAUCUGUACAGACUGGUGCAGCAUAGGCUAAAAGAAGAUGGAGCACUUCUUGUUCACCUUUUCAAAGUUCCCUCAGAGAAGGGCCUGGACACUCAGGGCUUCAAAUGUGCAGGCUGUCCUCAGAAGAUUGGACUGUCACUGGGCAGAGCCAGGUUAUGUGAGUUCUCUGGGCUGUACUACUGUGAGUCAUGCCACAAAGGUGACACCUCCAUCAUCCCCUCACGCAUGGUACACAACUGGGAUGUCGCCCAAAGAGAGGUGUCUAAGAAAGCCCUGUGGCUUCUGAAGCAGGUAGAACAAGAGCCUCUGCUCAACCUGGAGCAGCUGAACCCUGAGUUGGUUGCGCACACAGAGUCCAUGGGUCAGGCCCACGAGCAGAGGCAGAAGCUAUGCCUUCUGGGUGAAUAUCUGCGUACCUGCCGCAGUGGAGCCUGCAAGAAACUCCAAGCGAGAAUGGGGCAGCGAACUUACCUGUUGGAGUCAAACCACCUGUACAGUGUCAAGGACUUGCGACAGGUAGCAGAGGGCCAGUAUGUAAACUUUCUGCGCAGGCUGGUGCAACAUGCCUCUAAUCACGUGUUCAGCUGCGACCUUUGCACCCAGCGUGGCUACAUUUGUCAGAUAUGCCACUCUGAUGACACCAUCUUCCCCUUCCAGUUUGAGACAACCACAAGGUGUGAAGAUUGCAAAGCUUUGUUUCAUAUAAGCUGCAAGGCUGAUGAGCAGUCCUGUCCUCGCUGUCAGCGGAUGAGGAAAUACAUGGAGAGGGAUCUGCAGGACUGAGCACGGUCAGUAGGGACAGUGCUGAGCUGUGAGCCACGGGGCCAGACUGUUAAACGUAAGCUGGUGGAGAGUAAAGAAAACAAAAUUUAGCUUUCACAUGAUGUAACCUCAAGUGCAAUUAUGAGUUUGCCUGCCCUAACUGACUUAAAGCAAGCAUGAAGAUGAAGGUAUUUGAAGUCACAGUGCUACAGUAGCUAGACUCUCUUGCACUAAUGUAGAGGCAUUCAGAGCCUCGUGCUGCUCACAUGAUGCAGCCAAAUGUUACUGACCAGUGAUUUAAAUACCUCUCUGAUUUCUGAUUCAGCCACGACAUCAAAAAAGGCCUGGUCAGACGUCGAGGGUGCUGCCAAUCUAUUGUAUCCAAACAUUUUUUACAGUUGGCCGUUUUCCACUGCAGGAACUAAUAAGUAGCUUGCACCAUUACCUAUUCUAAACUCAGGAAUCCCCACACCCACUCCUGUAAAACCUCUUGUAGGACUGCUUCUGGAUCAGAAUCUACUCCAGGAUAACAGCCUGUACUUAGAGGUUCUUAACUACUAUCAAACACUACUUCUUUUUUUUUUUCUUUAGUUUCAGAACAAGAAAAUCUUUGAAAAACCCCAAACCUAUUCGAACAAAGAAGAUUAGGAGUCUUUCAAAUUGUAAAAUUUAAGUGGAUAAAACGAAUGACAACCAUCAUCAUCUGGUUUCACAGAUUCAUAGUUUAACUAGUGGGUUAAUAAUUUUGAAACUGAGACCGAAAUCAAGAUGGAAAGUCUCGGAGACUGCGUCAAAGACUUAUUUCAGUUUCCUGAACCAAAACAUACUAAUCUGGUAAAAGCUGUAAUGCACCGAUCAGUAGAGAAAAACCAAGGUAUGAGCAGAAAUCAUAGCGUUGCCUUACCCUUCGCCUUUUUUUUUUUUUUUUGGUGCAUUCAGGAUCUCCACAGAUUGUAAGAGAUGAUCAUGGGGACUUCCUGUAAACUUGGUUCCUGCUACAAGUUUGUGCAGUGGAAAGGUGACCAUUCACGCCCUUUACUUUGCUUGUCACAUCAAUGUCUUCUUAACCAUCAUGUUUACACAAAAGUGAUCCACAGUAUGUUUUCUGUUUCUCUCAAUGCACAAAUUAUUCAGACAUGAUUUCCAGCAUUAAUAUUUAGUACUGUACUUGUAGAAUAAUGAGAAAUGUUUUUAUUAACAGAUCUUGAUUGUGCCUUCUUUUUUUUUUAAUUUAAGCGUUACAGUUUUCCCAUGAUAUCUCACUAUUACGGGGCCAAAACUUUUUUUUUUAUACCCAUAAUCAUGCAAUAAAAAAAUUAGAUUGAUCAAUAAAAAUAAUUUGUGUAAAUAUGAGCGCUUUGUGGAAUGUUUCUCUCUAUAUAUAUAUAUAUAUAUAUGUGUGAUUAAACAGGCAAUUGUUAAGGCUCACAGAGGAGAUUUGUUUAUGCUGCUUAUUCAUGCAUUUAAUGAAAUAAUUUAAUAAUAACUGUGUGGCAAAAACAUUAAAAAUGAAGAUUUGAAAUGAGUGUUUAUAAAGUUUAAAACGUAAUUUGCAUAUUUGCACUCGGAAAUGACUGUUAAAUGGAUAUUUCAGCUGAGUUAUUUGAGCUCUGAUAUCUUCAGCCACAUUAAAUUAUCCCUAAACUAAAAACCCAGCUGUGUUUAUGAGCUUUUUUUUUUUUUUUCCCCUUUUCUUUCAUUUUUGACUUUGAACUGAGAAUCAUCAGACUUCUCUGGGGUCUGCAAAGAACAAAAAUAAGUUGAAGAUGUACUGAACUCCAUUUUGUGAUAUGCAGAACAUAUCAUAUGCAAAGGGAAAAUUGCAUAUACUGCAGUACUGUUAUUUCCGGAUUUGUAUUUAUUUUGUCUCAUUAUGUAUGAAUGACUGUAUUGAAAUAAAUGUCAGUGUAUUUGA